AUGUCCGAAGGCACAACCCCGCCUCAGAUUCCUCCUCCGGACACGACUAAGACCCAACCUCCGGACAAGAAUCUGAGAAAUCCACUUCGAUUUGUUGGCUAUACCGUCGGCCCCACGCCAUCUGUGAAGUCUACUCCCAUGAAGAAAGGCGCCAAACCAGGUGGAGACUCCGAGCAAGUAAUGGAAGAUCUCGAGGAAAUAACAAGCGCGCAAAUAGACGGCUAUCGAGCCUCGGGAAUCGAGGGCCUGGUUGAACAUAUUUUCCCCGACGACGUCCUCCCUUGCCCUCUGGAAGAGAUAUACGAGCACAUUUCCAAGCCUCGAGGCAAAUACUUCCCCAAGAAGCAGAAAUGGCAUAUGUGCCCUGAACUCCGUGUUCCAUCCAACAACGGUGACCAAGAGGAGAGAUUUGCGAAGUUUCUGAGACUUCUUGCCGAUAACAUUGCCACUUUUGUCUCUACUACGUAUGGUCACACGAUCCCCCGACGUGAUGUCUCGGCCGAGUUUGCGACACAGGGCGUUCCAGGAGGUCCUGAAAAUACUGGCCACCGACCCGAUCUCGUUUUCUUUGAGAAGGGCGCGGAACGAACAUGGGAGAAUGCUGUAGGUUGUUGGGAGGUCAAGAGCAACAAUAACCACAAGCUCCGACGUCAUGCGAGGUGCCAGCUGACCACGCGCGCCUUCAUGAUCUAUGAAUCUCAAGACGACAGACGCUUCGUACCCGGAGUAUCUAUCCUCGGGUACGAUGUUAUCUUCCAUAUUAUCGACCGUGCCGGUGAAGUCGCUUCCGCUACCUUCAACAUGAGGAGCGACCCUCGCCAAUUCCUCCGUCUCGUCGUCGGAUUCAUGUUCUGCGGCCGGGAUAACCUCGGGUUCGAUCCGAUGUUUACGAGGCUCCCAGAUGGGACCAGUUGCGUGACGAUACAAGGAAAGGUGUAUACUCUUCACCAGAACGUGCACCGCGGUCACACUCUUCGUGGACGUGGGACGGCCUGUUGGCGUGCCACUUGUGAAGGUGUCACAUAUGCCAUCAAAGACUAUUGGACGGACCGUACCCGAGCGUCGGUGGAAGCCGACUUGCUGGAGAAGGCCAAGGGCAUGCAAGGGGUGCCAAAAUUGGUGGAGCAUGAUAUUAUCACCUUUCAGGGGAAAGAGGAUACGACCGGUCUAGUCCGCAAGAUACUUGACAAUCCUCGGUACAGAGAGCAGUGGGAGAUGUUUGAUAUCCGCGUUCAUCGCCGCCUGGUCAUGACGCCGUUCGCUCUGCCUAUCUACUACUUCAGAACGAAGAAGGAGCUAAUUAAGGGUUUCAUGGAUUGUAUUCAAGCUCAUAAGGAUCUGUUAGAGAAGGCCAAGAUCCUUCAUCGUGACAUUAGUAUCAAGAACAUCAUGCUGGAGGAAUAUACGGAAGGGGGCCGUACUUUCAGGCGUGGUCUUUUGAUUGACCUGGAUUAUGCGACUGAUUAUCCCGAACCAAAGCAUAGGCAACCAGCGAAGGCUGCCAGGACGGGCACGACUCCAUUCAUGGCUAUUGACCUACUCGAAGACGCAACGUUGCCCCAUAAGCCCGAAUGGGACCUAGAAUCGUUCCUCUAUGUGCUCAUCUGGAUCUGCGUUUUCUACAUCGGGCCCUGCGAUCGAGCCAAACGCAUAGACAUCAAGGAAACGGAAUUGAAGACUUGGGUAGAAGGUGAUUUCACGUCGAUCUGGAAAGCGAAAAUGAGCUGCAUGCGACUGGACCCUAUUUGGAAGCUGCUGGUCAAGGAUUUCAACCCUUAUUUCAACGAAAUCAAGCCCUGCAUUGAUGAGUGGCGCGGGCUCUGCAAUAACCCUGGUCUUGCUCCUACCCACGACAGGGUCCUCGCUGUCCUGCAGAACGCUUAUGACAAACUUCCGGACGACGAAGAGCCUUUCAUCGAUCCUGAACCAGUGGCUGCGAACCCACCCGCCGGUACGUCUACGGGAUCCCUUGGUGCGCUCCGUGCCACACCAAAACGGACGAGAGAUACGGAAACCCGAGACUUCUUUGGUGUCAAUCGUCGGGAGGACGUGGUGCAUGGCGGGAAGCGCGCCCGCAAAGACAAGUCGGGCAAUGCCUACUAUUCGGAGCAACUUUCGGAGCAACUUUUCCAAUCAGGGGGGGAGAGCUCCUAUCCGGCCUCCCUGGGCAGUUUCGUGCCGACUGACGCAGAGGAAGGGAGCGCCUCUUCCUCUUCUGCUUCGGCAUCUGUAGAACCCGUCCAGCCGCUUCGAAGAACUCGCAGGAAAAGCAUGCCGUCGUUGAAGGUGCGGGACAGCAAGGAAAGUGGGGGAUCCUGA